AUGGCCAAUGAACAUGGCGCAUCUAUUUUCGAGUGGAUGGAAGAGCUGAAAGAAGAAGUCAGGGACCUUCGCCGAGUGCUUCACGAUGCUAAGAGAGAGCUUCAUGAUGUCAAGAGAGAGAUUCACGAUGUCAAGAGAGAGCUUCACGACACCAAGAGAGAGCCCAGUGAAGUCCGAGAGUCAUUGAUUAACAUCAGAGAGAAAAAUUACCUCACGUUUUUACGUGAUCAUAUUACCGGGUUCAACAGGAACACAGAAAUCGCAUCUACAUGA